AUGUUGAUAAUCGUUCAGGCAGCCGUCUAGUCAGUCUCCGGACAGACGCCGCGCGGAAGAUGACUGUUCAUAACCUGUACAUAUUUGAUCGCAAUGGCUCCUGCCUUCAUUACAGCGAGUGGAACCGCAAGAAACAAGCAGGAAUCUCCAAAGAAGAGGAGUUCAAGCUGAUGUACGGGAUGCUGUUCUCCAUCCGCUCCUUCAUCAGUAAGAUGAGUCCACUGGACAUGAAAGACGGGUUCCUGGCGUUCCAGACAAGCCGUUAUAAGCUGCAUUAUUAUGAAACUCCAACAGGAAUCAAACUGGUUCUGAACACUGACCUCGGCGUACCGAACUGUAGAGACACACUGCAGCAGAUCUACAGCACUCUGUAUGUGGAGUACAUCGUGAGGAAUCCUCUGUGUGUUCUGGGCGAGUCUCUCCAGAGUGAUCUGUUCAGCAGUAAACUGGACUCUUUCAUCCGAGCGUUACCGUUCUUCAGCGUCCGCGCCGCCUGAACACACACACACACACACACACACACACACACACACACACACACACACACACACACACACACACACACUCACACACACACACACACACACACUCACACACACACACACACACACA